AUGAGGAAAGAUGGCAUACAAACAAGGAAACGGAAACCGAAAAAAUCUGGCAACGGUGCGAAACCAACACAGGAACCAUCUAAGAAAGACGGCCACAGUUCACCCAGUAUAGACGAAAGUAAACCUAGUGUGACGGAAGUGCCACUACCGCUGGCAUCUUCGAUGUCGGGCCAUGGGACUGGCAAGAUAGCGCGCGAGACGCACGCGACGCCCGACUCGUCCCCGCACGCGCACGCACACGCACACACGCACGGGCAGACGCACGCGCACGCGCACGCUCACGCACACGCGCACGCGCAGUACCCGCUCGGGCUUUCCUCCCCGCCCGCAUUCCUCUCCAACCCCGCGCUGUUCAACAUCAAGAGCGAACCCAGCGCAGCCAACGGGUACGACGGGUACCCCGCCCACGCCACCGGGCACUACCACUCUCAGCAACAUUACCUACACGCGUUACAGUACGGACUGAGCAACGGCGAGGAAGAGGAGGGUAGCGGGUUCCUGCACCAGCGCAACGUGACCGCGCACGCCAAGCUCAUGGCGUCCACGUAG